AUGGCCUCCACCUCCUCGAUCGUCCUCCACGCCCGUGCAGCGCCCGCGAGAGGCUCCAUGGACGACCACCGAGCGAAGUACCUCGCUCCUUCCAAGGCUGUGAGCUCGAACGACGACGGUGCGUUGACGAGCGCGAGCGGCGAAGAAAUGAAACCGAAGCACGCCGUCGUCUUCUUCGACUGCGACGAUUGUCUGUACAAGAACGACUGGCGCACGGCGAACGUGAUCACGGCGAAGAUCGAAUCGUACACAACGGAGCGCUUGGGGCUUCCGCACGGCGCCGCGUACGAGCUGUAUAAGAAACACGGGACGUGUCUCAGAGGCUUGCAAAACGAAGCGUUGUUACACGGAGAGGAGGAGUUGGAGGAGUUCUUGGAGUACGCGCACGACAUACCGUUAGAGAUUGAGCGGGAUGAGCGAUUGCGGGAGAUGUUGCUCCGAAUGAAGACGCCGAAGUGGGUGUUCACGGCUUCAGUGGCGGCGCACGCGAAGAGGUGCUUGGAGGCUCUGGGCAUCGAGGACUUGUUCGAGGGUAUCAUCGACGUUCGAGCGGUGGAGUGGGAGACCAAGCACUCAACGAAGGCUUAUGAGGCGGCGAUGCGCAUCGCUGGCGUGGACGAUCCGGCAGCGUGCUUGUUUCUGGACGAUUCCACGUCUAACAUGAAGACGGCGCGCGUGAUGGGAUGGACAAACAUCUUAGUCGGCACGCACGCCAGAGACGGGGGACACGAGAUCGAAUGCGAACACGCCGAUCACAUUAUAUCCACCGUGCACGAUUUCGAGGCGCUCAUGCCCGAGCACUUCCACCCAUCAGUGGAUGGCGUUGAGGACGCUGUUCCGAAUGGAACGAAAGUGCAAGCCGCCGUCCCGGCCCCGUAG